CAGACAGAGGUGGAUGGCCCGAGACCACAGAUUCACAGCUUUAAAAGCAGGAGCGGGAUUUGGAGUUUGGGAUAAGUCUGCGAACCUGGCUGAGGUGGAAUAUAGCUGAGUUUGUCUGGAGGUUUUCACUCACUGUAGGGAGGGGAGAGAAGGAGCUUUAAUAGGCUGGACGUGUGCCCAUGAGGUCGUCACCACUGGUCCUGCUCCUCCUGAUCGGCGUCCAGGCUGUACUGAACAUGGGAGGUGGAUUGGCCCGGAGUGCCGGGCCUGCCAACCACAAAGCAGGACAGCAGACGGCAGCCAAUCAAAGAGCAGGACAGCAACAGAGCGCAGCGGGGGACCACCUUUCUGAAAACCACUCUUCACAGGAGCAUCAUAGGACCAGCCACCACAGGACCAAGAAGCACCAUCGGGCCGCUUCUCGCACCCAGGACAGGAGCCCUGUCGUCAUGCAAUCUAUGUCGAAUUCCCCUCCUGACCCCUCCAUCCCAGUUGUGGACCCCAAGCUCUUCUCCAAGAGACGCUACCGCUCCUCGCCCCGCGUGGUCUUCAGUGAGGUGCCGCCAUCCCACGACGCCCUGGAGAGUGAGGGCUAUGACAUUGAAGGGGUGAGGGGGAUUAGGGUGAGGCGCAGAGCAGGGUCGCACACCAUGCACCGAGGGGAGUACUCAGUAUGUGACAGCAUAAACACCUGGGUGGGCAACCUGACACGAGCCACAGACAUAGCUGGGAACGAGGUGACAGUGCUGCCCAACGUUACAAUCAACAAUGUGGUGAAGAAACAGUUCUUCUAUGAGACCACCUGCCGAUACCCCACGCACAGAGGCUCCGGGAAUGCAAACGGGGGAAGGCCGGGGGGACGGAGUGGCAAGCAGGGCACCAAAUCGGGCACCUCUGGCUGUCUUGGCAUCGACAGUCGCCACUGGAACUCCUACUGCACCAACACACACAUAUUCGUAAGCGCCCUGACCACCUUCAAGGAACGGACAGCCUGGCGUUUCAUCCGCAUCAACGCUGCAUGUGUGUGUGUUCUCAGUCGGAAGUCUUGGGCGGGACGCCUUGGGCACUGACUGGGGAGGACGACUCCUGACCACUGAACUAUGAACCAAACACACACACUUCUCCUUAACAGCCACUGCAGAUUUAUUGCCAAUACUGUAAUCCUCUUUCCCACCUCCAAACACACACACACACACACACAAACAGCUUCACGCAUCAAAUCUCUUGGUCCCUGACCCUACCUCAGUCUGAGACGUCCUGGUUGUUUUAAGUUAUGAGGACUGCAUGUCAUAUUUAUGGUUUAUACAGUCAAAUAUGAAAAUAUUUACGGUAUGUGUAUAUAUACAAAAUGAAU